GGAACACCGUCCAACUCCAUCGGCUGGUUCCUCCUGGAAGAAACGCACCGCCGCCGGUUUUGGCGUUUUUUCGUGCCUUCCGCUCGUCCCUCUCGUCGUGGCAGCCUCGCUCUCCCCGCACGCGAGCCGUCGAGUUUGUCGUCGCUCGAGGUCGCUUGCCGUCACCGGUCCGCGGCCGGCGAGGUGGCGGCAGACUCAUCACCCGCAAUCCCGCAGCCGUCGUCGUCGUCGUGCGAUUCCGCGAUGCCUCCUCCGUGGGGCUCGAACCCGCUGGAGCCCGUCGUCCAGACCGUCGCCGCCUUCUCCCGCCGCCUCCUCAUUGCCCCCGACGCCGCGCCCGACGACGCACGCCUCCGCCCCCUCCUCUCCCUCUCCCUGUCCCCACCGCCCACGCCGCCGCCGCCACCGCCGCCGGAGGUCCUGAAGAAGGAUUCGAAGGCCGCACCCCUGACGAAGGAGGAGGUCGGCAGGGCCACGUGGAUGCUGCUCCACACCAUCGCAGCGCAGUUUCCUGACGAACCAACAAGGCAACAAAAACGUGAUGCGAAAGAGCUGAUGGCUAUAAUAUCUAGACUGUACCCUUGCAAGGAAUGUGCAGAUCACUUCAAGGAAGUUUUAAAAUCAAAUCCUGUGCAGGCUGGUUCUCAGGCUGAAUUCUCUCAGUGGUUAUGCUAUGUGCACAACGUUGUCAAUCGAAGCCUUGGAAAACCAAUAUUUCCCUGCCAGAGAGUAAAUGCACGGUGGGGUAAGCUGGAUUGCCCUGAACGCACCUGUGACCUAGAAGGCUCCAACGACAUCAUCCCGAAUAGAUGACAUUCAUAUAAGAAUCAUUUAGAAAUUCUGCAACAUGGACUAAUUUUAAAUCAGUACUGGAUGGGCAGCAUGAAGAGCACAAGGAAAAGGAGUUCUAAUUGCCAGUGCCGACAUGCUUCCUAUAUCAUUGUAAUACUACUAUAUUGCUAUAUUUUUUGUAUCAAAUGAGCUUGCCCCUGAUGUCAUGUCUUACUCUAUUUACAAGCUUCAGCUGAAUAUUUUGGCGAAGUUGUCCCAUUUGUGGAUGUAUACUUCAAUCUGAUGCUUUGAUUCAACGCCCUACCUGUUAAUCAUGUCUAUACAAGCAGAUU